AUGAGCAGCCUGAUGAUCUGUUGUGUCAUAAGGCAGCCUGAUGACCUGUUGUGUCAUGAGCAGCCUGAUGACCUGUUGUGUCAUGAGCAGCCUGAUGAUCUGUUGUGUCAUGAGCAGCCUGAUGACCUGUUGUGUCAUGAGCAGCCUGAUGACCUGUUGUGUCAUGAGCAGCCUGAUGACCUGUUGUGUCAUGAGCAGCCUGAUGACCUGUUGUGUUUUUUGCUGCAGAUGUUGGUGUUACCAAGACUGGCAAGAGUCAGGUGGAGACUUCAUUCAAAAUGUGUUCCAAGAAGACAGCUUACUUGUGUGGUACAGUGUGUGUACCACCACAGUACUACCAGCCAGGUGACGGCACCAGCAGAGACAGUUGACCACGGGGCAUCACCACCUUCCAACAGCGGCGACAACACUCCAUAACAUUGGCA